GUUCCACAGAAGAAAUUGGAAAGUGUUCUCUUUUUUCUCCUUCUCCGAUUAGUCAGAGUCUCGUCUCGCGUUUACUACGGUUUGGAUAAAGAAUGUUGCGAUCAAUUCUUGAUUUUUCUGUUUUCUUCUGAAUUCGGUAACAGCAAAUUCCAAAUUUUGAGGUACGGUUUAAGUUUUUCUAGUUUGGUUUUUGUAUUUUAGGAGACUUGUUGAAAUUCUAGGGUUUAAAUUGUUUUAAGAAGAGGAAUUUUUGGUUAUGGAGGUGAAUUCGAUGGGACUAAAUUGUCGGUGUCUUGAGUUAGAAGAAAGGGUUUUAAAAGGUGAAGAAAGGUACACUCACUUAGAAACAGAGUUGCAGAAACGAAACAAUGAGUUUGAAUCACUUGAAUUGAAGUUUAAAGAAUUGGAAUCAGAGAAGUUAGUAGUUGAAGAAGAGUCAAGGAAUCUUAAAGAAUCUGAGGAAGGUGCAUUGAUUGAGCAGAUGAUGGUGAACAGAGCAUUGGAGGUUGAGAAGCAGAGGAUUGGAAAAUAAAGUUUGAGAAACUUGUGGAGACUGUUCGAAAGUUAGAUGAAAUUGGUGGGUUUAGAUAUGGAGAAUUUGAAUUGGAUGAGAAUGUGAAGUUAGGGUUGGAGUUAGCUAGGAUCAAGAAUACAGAAUCUUGUAAAGUGUUUAAAGAUGACUUGACUAGGGAAGGAUUAGGUUAUCAUCAAGGAUUAGGUGAGAAGAAUCGUAGAUCGGUUUAUUAGUAUAAAUCCGCUUGUGUUUCGCUUUUCCGGUGUAAUGGAUUUGAUUUUGUUUGUGUUUAUUUUGUCAUGUAGGCUCACCUUGUAUGACCACACCGGUUAAAGACUAUAUAUUAGGGAGAGACAGAGAUAGAGACAGAGACACCAUGUCUUCUCGGAGACGAGUGAAUAAGAUGUUGUCGUUUGAAGAUGAUGGUCACAAAUUGACUGAUGUAGUUGAUUUAUGUGAUAGUGAAACAGAGCAGAGAAGUGAGGAGGAGGAAUUUGCUGAUGUUAUGGAUACUAUAGAGGAGGCAAAUAUUGGUGAGAAUUAUGAAGAUGAAGAUGUGGAAGCUUGUGAUGCUAACACAAGUAGUCCUCUUUCUAGGCGUAAGAGGAAGCGGGUUAUUGCCAGCGAUGAUGAUGAUGAUGCUGAUGAUGAUGAUGAAGAUAAUAUACCGAUUUCAAUACUCAAGAAUUUGAAACCAACUAACCAAGAGAUGUCAGAUUUGUUUGAUACACCUAACAAAGGAGAGAGUGAGUCUAGAAGAUUGAGUGGACAACGUCGAGUGUCGUCAAGACUGAAUAAAAAGAGAGUUUCUGAAGAGGUAUCUGCUUCAACAGAGAGACUUGUGGGAAUCCCAACAACCGAUAAUGCCGAGGAUGAUGAGACAGAAGAAGAAGGUUCAGAGAGUGAGGGUGAGAGUUUAGAUGGGUUUAUUAUCGAUGAUGAUGAUAGUCAGGAGUCUGUCAGUGAAAAGUCUGAUGAAAUCGGGGUAGAGGAAUCCGAUGGAGAAGUUGGUUAUGCUGAUGUUAUGUCAAGGUUAAGGAGGGAGAAGAAACCCGAGAAGCGUAAAUGGGAGUAUGAGGCAGAUAUGUUGGCAGAUUUCGGUAAAGAUCCUGAGCUUUGUAUGAGAGCGGUUUGUGUUCUGUUUAGGUUUCAAACAGAAGAUGAAAAAGUGGAAAGAUCAAGUCAUGUCUCUAAUGGUCGCGGUUUCAGCAAGGUUGACGCUGUAAGGGGCACUAGCAUUGCACUGUUUCUGACGGAUGGAGAUUCCGCAGGCGAUAUGAAGAAAUCCGUUGAGGAAUUGAAAGUUUUUGACUUUAAAGGCGUAGAGAAAUGCGAAGAAUUAGCACGCAAAUACUCUAAACAACUCUUCCAGAUCUAUAACAACAGAGAAGAUCCAUUCUUUACUCUUCCUCCAUCUCCAUGACUUGGAGAAUUAGCUAGUAGUCAACAGCUAGUUUAUGGUUAUGUUUUUUUUUUUUUUUUGUGGUAAAUUUUAGUCCCGUUUGAGAUGAAAACCAGAGAUUAAUCUAAUAGGAUUAGAGUCUAAAUUUACUUUUUAGGUGUAAAUGGAAGGAUGAUUUGGAUUAUGAUGAUGACUGAAACAUAGUUUUGAAUAAUAUUUACUGAAAUUAUGAUCUUUAAGCUUAGCUUCUGAUUACUUGAAUGUCUUUCACACCAUGUCUUAAGUUUUCUCUGUUCGUUAACGUUUUAGAUAUAUCCUUAUGUCGAGAUUUGU